GAAGACACGAGGCAGAGGAGUUCUCCGCCUCUGGCAGAGGGUUUUGACAGAGCGCCGCAUUCAAGGUCGACGUUGUGGGAACCAUACUUGGGUAACGACGCUUUCUGGGCCGCCAUAACAUACGACCGCCGUUUUCAGGUGCACGCAAGUGGUCAAGCGACAAUGUGGGAACGCGGCGUAGUCUACGUCUUCGCUGCUUGUUUUCUGGGUGUGUGCCGGGCGCAGCUCAAGCCCGGCUGCAAGAUAGCUCAACUGCAUGCCUGCGGUGAAGACUACCUGGUGUACAGCAACACCACGCACCUACCGGAGCCCCACGAAGACCAGUUCCAGACAAACUGCGAGUUGUUCGCCAAGCAGAUCGCCUGCACGAUCGAGUUCUCUGAGAGUUGCCUGGACAACAUACCACGCGCCGUGGCGCUGGUUGCCAUGGAGGCAGCGGGCGACGACUUUGAGGCUGCCUGCACCGAAGGCACCGAACGAUACGACAUGUACAAGAGCAGCAUCGUGUGCAUGAACGCCGCGGGAACUAAGUUGAACAAGUGCUUCGGCGUGCUUCGGGAUGGCAUGGGCGAGAGCAUCGAUGCACCGGCUGGAAGGACCAUUCACUACGCCUGCUGCGCAUACCAUAACUCUUUGGAGUGCGUAGAGCGGGCCCUAGACGACUGCGAUCCCAGCUAUCCGGCCAAGGAGUACGUAGCAAACGUGAUGGAACGCAUAUUCGGGCAAGUGCUGAGUCUCGUGUGCGGACCCUACACCCGGGGUUCAGCCGACUGCCACACGCUGCCCAAGCUGCCGCCCAGCACUGGACCGAAGAAGACCAACCUCAUCGAGCUGGCCAUCGAGAUAUCUAACUCAUUCAGAAACAAGAAGAAAAAGAACUAAGAAGCGUAGCCAUGUAUCAUUCAUAUUAUACGUAUUCUACCCCUCAGUCCAUUCUUGCCUUGUUAUUGCUUGUUUGACUGGGAGUACGUAGAUUAAAAGUAUUAGUCUCUGCUGGUUGGAUGCACAUCGUAGGAAAAAUCAACACACUGGGUAUUACCACAAAUAGCCACGUGUCAUGUGUCUUCUUCCCGGAUGCUCAUGUCACUGUUUUUGGCUGAGACCCUUUUCGUGAACAGGAGAUGGUAGUAGUAGCACUUUCGGUUUCAACCGGCGUUGAACGGUGUAAACAGUUGGACUGUAGAAACGCCCCCGUCGAUGCCUUACCCGACCUUUUGUCACUGAGAAGGAAAAAAGAAAACCUGGAGCUGCAAUCUGUUCUGCGCUGCAGCUAAUGUCAUUUUAUAUCUCAGCUGCUCGCGGUGUUUUUUGAAGCAUGAAGCACUACUUGAAGCACUUAA